GUUUCAGCUUCAUUUUUCGCCAUCAUAGCUGCUUCCAUGCUGUUGGUGCUUCUGCUGACGACGUUAUUCUGCAAUGUUUCGUCACUUCAAUGCUGGACGUAUAACCGAUUGGAAAUCAAGGGUGUGGACGAAGAAGAGCACGACUACGGUCUUCUUACAUGCAGGACGAGCAAAGAAGUUUGUCUGACAGUGAGGAAAACGAUCCAACUUGACGUAGGCAUUGAUACAAUCAAAAUUUACAGCACAGGAUGCGGUCAUAUGAAGUUUUGUUUGAAAGGUUCGUGUUGCCGUAGGGAUGGUUGCAACAAGCUACUGUACGCCAUGUUAAUCACGGACAUCUCAGCUGUUCCGGAUAUGUAUGAUUUAGAAUAUAGAAAAGGCUUGAACAAAUCCGCAGGUUUCUCUAUGUUUCUCAUACAAUCUAGAUAA